AUGACUUUUUUACGCGUCAGUCUGGCAGCAUUGAUUCUGGUUAUCAUGAUAUUUAUUUCCUAUUUUGAUUGGGUUGCCACUCCUACUCCCAAACCAAACACCGGCGUAGCCUCGCAGUCAGCAACCGAAACCGCUAGGCCCAGCGAGCCACCGAGGAAAAAAAAGAUCCGCUAUAGCAAGAACUGGUCCGGCGCUGUUAACACCGAGCCUCCAUCGGGUUAUUUCGCUGCAGCCGGAAUGAGGUUUACUGUCCCCAAAACACUCCGUCCUGACAUCGUCAAGGGAAACUCAGACUACUACGCCGCCAGUGCCUGGGUCGGGAUAGACGGUCUUACCCAUGGCACCGCUCUCUUACAGACGGGGGUAACCAUAGAGGUCAACAAGACAAAUUCUGAGGAGGUGACCUACGUUCCGUGGUACGAGUGGUGGCCCAACAUUGCGAUGCGGCUGGACAUACCUAUUGGAGGAGGUGACGAGAUCGAAGUUGAGGUUGUCAUGUUCAACGCCACCUCUGGAAAGAUCCUAUUAUGGAAUAGAUCGAAGGGAGACUGGGUGGCUCGGGCCCUACAAGCACCUCGACCAGACGCCAAGUUGGCAGGCCGCAGCGUCGAAUGGAUCGUGGAAGAUUUCGCCCUCAGCGAGGGUGGAAACGUUCCGUUUGGGGAUUUUGGGGUCAUUGAGCUCAGGGAUUGCAAGGCACACACCAGCACGGACAAGGUGGUAGGACCUGAUCCGAGCCAACCUUUUUACAUAAGGCAGGAUAACUUGACGCGGACAAACACGUCUGUUGAAGGUCAAUCGGUCUCUAUCCAGUAUCUCACCACAACGAAAUUUUGA